UUGAUAUCUCACGAUUUCGCAAACGCGUAUCAAUACAUUUCGGGAGAAACAAAAGAGAAGAGAAGAACGCGUGACCUAUUUGUCGUAUUUGCGAUGUCACUGUGAUAUUUGAUAUGACGACUAUCGCGAGGAUUAAAUAUUAUGUCGGUGAGAAUUCAGAAUAUUUUAAUUAAAAUAUGUUAUAGUCGGUGUCGUAUGCGCGCAUAUUACGUGCGUGUUACGCGCAAUUACAGAAGACCCAGCGAAAGAUGACGACAUCGAUGGUUCGGAAGCGACGGAAAGAGAGAUGCUGGUGAAUGUAAAUUGUCCGAUCCGAAUGGUGCUCGACUACAUAAGAAAAGCCGCGCAACUGAGUGACACGUGUGAAUUCGAUUUGUGCGACGAGGUGAAUUGCCAAUUAAGGAAUGUGUCUUUCUACAAGCCCAACACGCGGGGAACGGAUGUUCUUCAGGGGGAUUUGACAUAUUUCAUCGUCACCUUCCAACGAGACGAAAAUGGCCAGAUGAUAAAUCUCGCACCGCUCCUAACGGCGAAAGCAGCCAAGAGGUGUUGCGAUAUUAUGGCGAAAAUGCGAAGACCGUCGCAAAGAACUUCGUCUAUUAAAUCUACCCUCAAGAAAAACAAUAAUAUAAAUAAAUCUAACGAAUAAAGUAUGUAAAGUAUGUUAAAGAUUAUCGUAACAUAAGUGAUUUUUCCCUCUCCGCUGAACUUACUGUGUGAGAAAUGUAUUAAAGCGUUCUUCCGGGAAUAUAGCGCGUUGAUAUAUAUAGUCAAAUUAAUAAAUUAAUACUUGUUAAUAAUUGCUAUUAUGUCGCACUAGUUAAAAAUCAAGAUUCGUCUGCCUUACCUCCGACUCGCCCGCUAUUUAGUGUAAAUACAAUGCGGUUGACUUGUUGUUGAGUUAUACUACGAUCACCAUUUUGAAGACGGUAAAGACAGUGGCGCCCCGUAGUGGAGAUUUUGAAACUGAUAGAGAGUAACGGUCUGACCGAUAGAUCCGAUCGAAGUUGGCUAAUGGUUUACUUGGCACCGUCUAACGUUAUAGCACGAGAAAAUUGCAUUUUCUUUUUAUAUACAAAAUGUGUAUAAAAAAUUAAGGGGCCUAAGAUUUAAGCCUAUUUGACGUGGAACAAACUGUGACGAUCAACAGCCUACCUGGCGACAUCUAGCACCGUUACGGG